GCGAUACAUACAAGAACCAGUGACCAAAAAAAGGUGCAACUUUUCGUAUUUCGAGAUUAUUAUUCGACACGAGGCGAAUAUCUUGUGAAGGAUUUUUUUUGCUUUGAUGACUGUUUUCGAGCUGUUUGAUCGUGAUUGUAUGUGGUUUCGGGCUAUCUGGUAUCCAUACCGAAGACUGAACAGUGUUUUCAGAGGCCCACUUCCGGAAAUUAAGACGACCGGUGACCGAAACCCUAAAAAGAUUAUCACUAAAAAGGAAAUCGCCGAGCUGCUCUUCGAAAGCUGCACUGCCUGUAAGAAAAUGGCCGCUAUUCCGCAGGGUGCAUUUGCAGCGUGCAAAGUCCGCCGCAAUCUUGAACGCAAUACUGUGAUAACGCCGAUAGAGGAGAAAGAGAAAUCGGGCAAAGAAAACAUGUUCAAUGUGAGGUCCCCCCAGCAAGGUAGGGAGCUCACGCCGCUGAAGUACAAUAGUAAACUGAUGAACAGCAUCUGGGGACUAUACAAUCGUUACUCUGUGCACAAUUUCAAGAAAAACACCGACGGCGAUGACGGGGUGUUUGGGACGUUCGUGGCGGUUUCGGGGGCGGUUUUCAAGACCCACGCACUCGCCGCGAACACGGUGACUGCAGCUGCAGUCGCCAAGAACAAUCCUUGAAGAAAAAAAAAACCAAAAACUUCAAUUGUGCGUUUUUCAAUAACU